AUGCCCAAGAGGAAGGUCAGUUCUGCCGAAGGGGAGGCCAAGGAGGAGCCCAAGAAGAAAUCGGCCAGGUUGUUGGCUACACCGGCUCCUGCAAAGGUGGAUGCGAAGCCCAAGAAGGCAGCCAGCAUGAAGAAGCCGUCGGACAAGAAGGUGCAGGCCAAGGGCGGGAGAGGGGCAAAGGGCAAGCAGGCCGAGCUGGCCAACGAGGAAACGAAGGAAGACGCGCCCACGAAAAACGGAGACGCCAAAAACGAGGAGAGUCCCGCCUCUGACGAAGCCCAGGAGAAGGAAGCCAAGUCCGAUUAA